GUCAGACUAUUCAUUGUGUCGAAGUUAGGAGCGCUUUUUAGAAAUGAACAAUAACUGGAUAAUAGGGGAUAUCCUGGAUCUGGCGAGGAUGUGGACUUCAUCCUGGUGGGCGGCGAUCAAAUGCCAAGAACUCCUGUGACGCUACCCUUCCCCGGGCGUCCUGUCUCUCUGGGGAGCCAGUGGUUUCAUGGCGAGCCUCCCUGGAACGUUGCUUAAUUGCAAACAUUUGGAUUCGUUCGUGGGUGUUUGGCGAGCUUAAUAGCGAAGCUUUUUCUAUAGCCGAUCGGAGCGUGAAAAGCUAAAGAUAGCGUCGAAACAAUGUUUACAUUGUAUGUGUGCGGGCUUGUUAGCUUUAUCAAUUGGGGUACUUAGCUAAGCUACUUGCUUAGUUAGUGGGUUUUUGCGGGCCCAGAAAGACGCGUUCGUUUACCCCGAUGGAGAACGAUAUACAAAAAGGGGAUCAAGAAGAGGCCGCCUCCAAAUCUACAUCCCCUCCGGCUAAUAAAUGGAGCGACAAGCUGGCUGAGCUGAUUGCCUGGUUUGAGGGCAAUCCCAACCUGCCGGAGAAGAUCGAACCCAUAGUAAUGCUCCGAUUCCUGAAGUGCAUGGCCUUCGAUGUAAAACGUACCAAAUCACUGGUGGAGCUCAACUACAGUAUGCGAAAUAAACACCCACAUCUAUUCAUUGAUCGCAACAUGGAGGACGAGAUGACCGCCAAGGGCUUAAAAGUGUCGGAUCUGCUGAUUUUGCCCGGUGUUACGCCAAAGGGAAACAAGCUGCUCUUGUUCCGUUUGGCUGACAUGGAUCCCCAUACGCGCAAUUCCGUCGAAGAGACCAAAAUCUUCUUUAUGAUGAGCGAUGCUCGAUUUACAAUGCCGGAUGCGGAGCGAGAAAAUGGCAAAGGAGAGGAUUACGUGCUAGAUGAAUCGGAUAUUGCACAGGGUGAUGUGCAGAUCGUAGACAUUGAGGGUUAUACCAUACGGCACCUGGCUUAUGUCUCCAUUUUUGUGCUUCGAAUCUAUAUGAAGUUCCUGCAAGAGGCUUAUCCUUCACGUCUGCAGGCCAUGCAUGUCAUCAAUUGUCCUUCUUUUCUGGAUAGACUUAUCUCCAUGAUGUCCCCCUUUUUAAGAGAAGAAGUUCGGAAUAUGAUCAAAUACCACACGGAGGGCUUGGAGAGCCUUUAUGAGGAAGUGCCCAAGGACAUGUUGCCCAAGGAAUAUGGCGGAAAGGCUGGAACUAUUGCAGAACUCAAAGCAAGGGGUGUUCAAUCCCUCAAGGACAAAACUGCCUAUUUGAGUGAUGAACGUUACUGGAAAGUGGCCUCCCAAAGCAAGAGCCGCUGGUCCUGGUUUUGAUAUUCCAAUAACGUUCCCACAUAUCCUGCGAACGUGAUAUAUAUUUAAAUGUGAUUAUUGAGCGCGUCUUGCCAAAAGGAAGCUCAGAUUGGGGUUUCGAGAGAAUGAAGCUGCCCUUUGUAUAGGAAUAUCUAUUUUUGCAUAUUUUAUUACAUUCUUACCAAUUACAAUAAGUGUACCUAUUUUUCUACAAUCAAAUAUGGGGCUAUUGUCGAUUUAUUAGCAGCAACAUGACCAAUAUACACACUUUAUAUACCAAUA